GGCAGUUAAGCUUUGUUGUGUUUAAAGUGUUUAUAGUCAUGUGCUCUGUGCUGUGUAUUGUUUUUUGAAUUUAAAGUUUUUUAAGAAUUUCACGUAACAUAUGCUAAGAACGAGUUUAUUGAUUGAGCUGUAUAGGACGUUUUUUAUUGGAAUCCAUACGAAUUUGAAUCGUUAAACAGUUUCGGUGUGAUUUAUGUUCACAAUCCGAGUUUUUAUAUAAUUUUUUACUUAUCGUCUAUAUUGGUGGCGAAGUUAGGCGAUACGUCUUUUCUUUCACUUAACCAAAUUGAACAUUUACAUUUCUGUAGAUUAACAUUGCAUGUGAAAAAAUAAAAUAAUAAAGCAUAGCAAAAUAAUUUAUUUAUUUAAAACAAACUAGAAUGUAAACUAAAAUACAAAGAUAAAAGAUAAACAGAAAACUUAUUAUAUAAUAAUAUAUUGAAAGAAGGCCAUGGCAACUUUAACUCGUUACAACUCAUUCAUUUUUGGAAUCGUUUUCGCAUCAGCAACGUGGAUAGUGAUUUUGUAUUUGUAUUCAAGACUGACGACUGAACCCAUUCGAAAAUUGUACCCAAGCACAGCAUCAGUUAUAUAUCACAACAACAAUGUGCCCUUUGGAGAGUUAAUUCUCGAACCACAUAACCUAAAUAAAGAUAUUAAACAGCAGUACAAUUUGGAUAGCAAUAAUCUUGUUCCAUACAAGGAUAAAGGGAAGAGUUUAUCCUAUCAGAGAGCUAAGUACCUGAAAAAGGAAUACCUGAAAGAAAAAUAUUUAAGAAGUAAAUACAGGAUUAGUGAAAAUCUUAUUAAGCAGUUGCAGCCUAAAUUUUCGAAGUCAGAUGGUCAAGGUGUCGAAGAGCUCGGAAUGAUACGCACCCCGGAAGAGCAACAGCUGAAGUUGGACGGCUAUAAGACUCACGCUUUCAACGUCCUUGUGAGUGAGCGGCUUGGUCCUCGCCGCGACAUCCCGGACACUCGUCACCACCUGUGUCAGAAACAAGUAUAUAGUAAGAAUUUGCAGACAGCAAGCGUUGUCAUCUGCUUCUACAAUGAACAUUUCAGUACUCUGAUACGAACGGUGCAAAGCAUUUUGGACCGGACUCCUAAAGAAUUACUCCACGAAAUAAUUUUGGUUGAUGACUUUAGUGAUUUGAGUGGGUUGCACACGCAAGUGAAGAGCUACGUAGCAAGCAACUGGCCGGAUAAAGUAAUGCUGCUGAGGACCUCUAGACGGGAAGGCCUGAUCAGGGCCCGGAUAUUCGGAGCCAGGACUGCUACUGGAGGGGUGUUGGUGUUCCUGGACAGCCACGUGGAGGUAAACGUCGACUGGCUGCAACCUCUGCUCUCCCGCAUCGCUGCGACACGCACGAACGUGGUGAUGCCCAUCAUCGACAUCAUCAACUCGGACACCUUCGCUUACAAGGCCUCCCCGCUGGUGCGGGGCGGGUUCAACUGGGGGCUCCACUUCAAGUGGGAGAACCUGCCCUUGGGAACCCUAGCCACGGAUGAAGAUUUCGUGAAGCCUAUCAGGUCUCCUACUAUGGCUGGUGGACUAUUUGCAAUUGAUAGAUUAUAUUUUGAAGAGUUAGGAGAGUAUGAUUCUGGAAUGAAUAUUUGGGGAGGAGAGAAUCUAGAGAUAUCAUUUAGGAUCUGGAUGUGUGGCGGGAGCCUGGACAUGAUCCCCUGCUCCAGGGUGGGGCACGUGUUCCGGCGCAGGCGGCCCUACGGCUCCCCGACGGGGGAGGACACCAUGACCCACAACUCCCUGCGGGUCGCCCACGUCUGGAUGGACGAGUACAAGGACUUCUAUUUCCAGCAGCGGCCGGAAGCAAAGAGCAUGUCCUACGGCGACGUGAGUGAGCGGAGACGCCUGAGGGAGAGGUUGAAGUGCCACACUUUCAAGUGGUACCUGGACAACGUCUACCCGGAGUUCACUCUGCCGUCAGACGACACGGAGAGGUUGAAGAAGAAGUGGAGCGCGCUGGAGCAGAACGAAUUCCAGCCGUGGCACUCCAGGAAAAGGAACUAUGUCGGCCAGUACCAGUUGCGAUUGUCAAAUUCUUCCUUGUGCAUCACAAGUGAGAAAAACAUAGACAGUAAAGGAUCACCCCUUGUUCUGAAGCCAUGUCUUCGAGUGAAGAACCAGAUGUGGUUCGAGACGGACAAGCAGGAGCUGGUGUUGGCGCAGCUGCUGUGCCUGGACGCGGGGGAGCAGCGACCUCGCUUGGCCAAGUGCCACGAGAUGGGGGGCAGCCAGGAGUGGAGGCACCGCGGAGAGAAAGGGACACCCAUUUACAACAUGGCCGCGGGAACAUGCCUGGGCGCGCAGGCCAUGGUCAAAGAUUCCCUGGUGACGAUGGAGCUGUGUGGUAAGCCUACGCUUGUGCAGUGGGACAUUGUUAAUGUCAGCAGGUGACGUACGAGGUUACUGCUGAACAGGAAAUAAGUUCGGUACUUCUUCCAUAACGUGCAUCUCAUUAUGUGGGACGGACAACAUCACUCUUGUCAGUUCGUUACCAGUUAUCAGUGUUCAUAUUUUCGCAGUUUAAUCUCAUCUUGAAUAUUAAUUUGAGGUACUCGUACUGUUUACAGAUUUAUUUUGACAUUUUUGUUUUACUAAAUCUGGUUAGUUGGCAGUUGUUGUGUACUCACUAUAGUGAAAUCUCAUUGCAAGGUACCUGAAGAAAAUUUCAAAUAUUAGUAUUUAGUAAUUAACAUAAAUUAUACUAAAGUAUUAUUAAAUGUAAAAUGUCUCGAAUGCAUUGGAAAUACUAUACUCUUAAAACUACUGAGAAGUACUCUAUAAAGUUUUAAUUGACGUACGUACUUUGUUAUGAGAUUUCACUGUAGUUUUGAUUAUUGUGUCUUUAAAUGUUACGUAUAUCAUGCUGAUAGUAAUCUGUGAUUUAUGUCUUAGAUAAAUGUUAUUGAGAAGAAUUUAAUUAUUUGGUGUAUUGUGAACUUGCUAAAAUAUUCUAUUUUCAACAUAAGUAUAUGUUUCUAAUAGGGAUGGGCAAAUCAAAUCCUCAGAUACUUUCAGAUUCUUAGUAUUUGAAGGAUUUAAUAUUCGAGGAAAAAGAUUGAAAGAAAAAUAUUAGAGGAAAUAAAGUAAAUUUAUAAUUUCAACACUGACAACAUCUGAAGUUUACUAUUUCAAUUAUUAUUUUUUUCAUACCUAUCUUUUUAGCAUUCCCCAAGAUUGUGAACAUUUAAAGUGUUACAUAGUUUAAAUCUUUCAUUUCUUGUACAUUAUAUAAUUUUUGACCCUUGAGACUGAGAUUUUGUUUUAAGGGGUAUAUUGGAAACACUCUUAAGGAUUCAAAUACGAGAUUCGGAUUCAAUAAAAUUGAAAUUCAACCCUUCACUAAUUUGUAAUCACAAACUUACAAAUUUGGACAGUUUUAAAAAGAAGAUAUUUGUAAUCUUUCUACCAUAAUGAGUGCAUACUAAUUAUUUAACAAGUUUGUGAAGAACUUUGCCAUCAUGGUUUCUGCAUCACACACACUAAUUUUUUUGUCCUAUCUUCACUUUACUUUGCUUUAUUUUACUUUGUUCUACUGUGUACAUCAUUGUCUUCUUUGUGGUAGCUUGCUUGUAAACUGUUGUCAUUCAUGUUUGAUCAGAGUCAACUCUUUAUUCAAAGAACCUCUGGAAAUAACAACACUCUCGAAACAUGAGCUUUUGUUUUUGUUAAUUGUAGAAAAUUUGGUUGAAAAAAGUUAGAAUUUGAAAGGAGUAGGUUGGAAUGUGUCUUCGUUGUGUUUAUUUUGGGGUGCUGCGGAUAGUGAUUCCCUUUGCGAGCGCUCUACUGUCCUCAAACACAUGUCAUACACACAAGGUCACCGGCCGGCCGGAUUGAAAAUGAGUGGCUUGUGCUCACAUUGCUGACUGUGAGAACUGCACAGUCCUAGGCGUGUACACUCGUACAUACCCACACAACUUCAAGGUACACAUUCCUGAAACUGCUGUCCAGAAGGCAUCAUGCUCUUCCUUCCAGUGGUCGCCAAUCACAAUGCUGCAGCCUUCUCCACUCAUUUUGCAACCUUCCACUUCCCUCUAAACCUCUCCCCUUUUCAUAAAGUUAUGUUCAUCCUUUCCCAGGAGAGAUGUCUGAAGGAGGCGUAUGUCUUUUUAAGCAUGAGAAAAAUAAAACAAAAUUUGAUCAACCUCAGUGACACCCCAUCAAUAUCGUUGCAAUAAAAUUAUCUAGAGAAGAUGAUUUGUACAAAAUUUUACUUUCUAUUAUGGAGUCUUGAGCAUACUACAUACAUAAUUAAAAUCCUGAACAUCUGGGGAAUCGAGAACAAGUCAAGGACUGUUAAUGUGUUCAGGAAUGUGAUGGUGCAGUAGUGGUCGGCAUGGAGGCAUUGCCAGCUCAUAUAUUUAUGCCACAGCUGGGCUGGUGGGACAAGGAGUUUAUUCUGUAAACUAUUCCCAACAAAAGUAAACACUUUUUAUUGAUGUUUAAUUUUUUUGAAUAAUUUAAGAUUUAAGCCUCUGAUCACAAUCAUAUGCUGUUUAAGCUUACUAUUACAUUUUAUAUGUUGGUUAAGCUACACUAGUUUCAUUAUUUAAAGUUUUGUAGCUUCUAUUUUCGCAGUUGUAGAUACUGCUAAUUUAAUAGUAUUUUCUGUGGGUAAGUGUACUUUUCAAAACUUUUCUCUGUUUCAAAAAUUUUCACUUCAUUGCCUGUAAUUUUAUUCUCACUGUCAAUAUUGGGACUUACUUUCUGAAGGAUGCCAUUUUUUUAUUACUUGUACUUGUAGAAAGCUAUCAAAAUUAACAAAAAAAAAAAAAAGAAGAUAUAAGCUUAUAAAGCAUCCAUAAAAUAAUAAAUAUAGUGUUUUAAUAAACAUUCUAAGUACAAAACAGAAGCUGAUGUCUAUUUUUUGCUACAUUACAAAAAUAUAUUAUUACGUAGUUGGUUGUCUCCAAUUAGUUAAGAUAAACUGUGUUGCUUUUUCUGUCUUCGUUGAACAUGAUCAAUCCAUGCGACUAGAAUGAGUAAUAAUUGUACUAUACAUUUGUAAACAGAAUGAUUUUCAAGCAUAUUAUGUUGACUUAAAAAAAAAAAGCCAGAUUUCUUUACUUUGGCAAAUUUUUAUUUAACAAUUUACAUUUGGACACUUUCUCCGGAAUGUACAAUAUUUUAUUGUGUAUUUUCCUGGAUGAUCUCAUUUAUGGUAAAUUUUUCGUUGUUGUCUUGCUGAAUGCCCUACUUAGAAACUUAAAUCUCUGUUACCAGAAAUUUACAUCAAAGGGGAAAAAAAAUCAUUAUUAUAUAGCUUAAAGUUAAAAUUCUGUCUCAAGUUUUUGCGUGUGUGUUGUGACUGUGUUAAUGAUAUUCUUUAUGAAUUUGUAUUACAUUUACUUGAUUAGAUAUUACUAAUUUUUCUUGUUUUCAUAUAUCAUUUAUCAAAUUUUUUACUGGUGGACCAAUAAUGAAAAUAAAGAUGACAUUGUCAAUAAAAAAAAAAUAUAAUAAAA